AUGGCGCCACUACAAUCAGAGAAGACGGCAAUGAUUCAGAUGGGCGCGAAAGAUUCCCUUCCGUCAACCUCUAGCAGCUCGAACCGCGCUUCUAUUGCCGGAGAACGGGAAAUCAUCGUUGAUGAUAAAAUAAACAAUGUACUUUCGACUGUCGAGAAGCCUAGUUUAGAGGCCGAAGAAGCAGCCAACGCAGACGAGACCGAUGAUGCAGUCGUCGAGUAUCCCAAAGGCCUUAGGCUGGUUUUGAUCAUUUUCGGACUGGCCAUGGCUGUUUUCUUGGUCUUCCUUGACAUGACACUCAUUGCUACCGCUAUUCCAGCUAUCACGAACCAGUUUAACUCCCUGCAACAUGUUGGAUGGUAUGGCUCUGCCUACAUGCUCAGUUGGACCUUUAUGGUGGCCAUCGCAUUUAGAGAAAUCGGGCUGGCUGUCUGCGGAAGCGCCCCCAACUCGAUUGCUUUCAUUGUCGGACGAGCCAUCACUGGGAUUGGUUGCAGUGGCAUCAUUAUCGGCGCCUGGGUGGUUCUCGCACACAGUGUACCGAUUCGUCAACGUGCUGUCUACACUGGAUUUCUUGGCGCAUUCUCAGGUGUCGGCGGCAUCAUCGGGCCCCUCAUUUCGGGGGCGUUGACGGACAGCCAUCUCUCCUGGCGAUGGGCGUUCUACGUCAGCAUACCCAUCGGAGUUGCGACGUUGGCAUUGAUCUUCUUCUGCUUUCGACCACCGCAGCAACCCGACCAAGGACAACCCCGGACUCUCAAGCAGAAGCUCAUGGAGUUUGACAUUCUCGGGCUCUCAAUAUUCUUUGCUUGCAUGAUCUGCCUAUUAUUAGCCUUGCAGUGGGGUGGAUCCCAGUUCGCUUGGAACAGCGCUCCGAUGAUUGGAUUGUUGGUUGCCUUUGGUAUUCUGCUCAUCAGUUUUAUUGGUGUUGAAAUCUGGAAAGGAGACAACGCCGCAUUGCCUCCUCGUCUCAUGAAAAUGCGGAAUAUCGCAUUCGCUUGUUUCUACGCUGCAUGUAUCGAUGCAGCCUACUACACAGCCGAUAUAUGGCUGCCAAUUUGGUUCCAGGCUAUCAAGGGAGAGUCGGCCAGAGAAUCCGGGAUCAAGCUCGUUCCCUAUGUUGGCGGAGAAGUUCUCGCUGCUCUAACCGCCGGCUACCUGGUCACUUACACAGGGUGGUACAACCCUUUCAUGCUCGUAGCGACCGUGUUGGGGUCAAUCGGUCUUGGCUUGAUGACGACUUUCGAGCUCGAUACUGGCCCAAGUAUAUGGGUCACUUUCCCCGUCAUCGCCGGUGUGGGCAUUGGGCUGGGAUCCCAGCAGCCGAUGAUGGGUGUCCAAUCAACCCUCGCGCUUCCUGAUAUACCUGCUGGUACAGCCGCCGUCACUUUGUUCCAGAACCUUGGGCCGGCUAUCUUGAUGUCUGUUGCGAACACCGUCUUUGCUAAUGGCUUAACGAAGCAUCUGCAUGGUACAGGAGGACUUGAUGGACAAACUAUUGCGGAUAUGGGGGCCACGAAUCUCAAAGAUAUGAUUUCGAAGGAUCUACUCCCGAUUGUCAUUGAAGCAUACAACAAAGCUCUCAAAGAGACUUUUACUGUGCCGAUGGCUGUCGCGGUCAUCUCCAUCAUCGGGGUUGUAGGCAUGAAGUGGGAAAAACUGCCUGGGUAG